AUGACCGCCAAACCUAUUCACCCAAUUUACGAAGCUACAUUCGCUGAAACCGAUAAAACCGAUGCGAUUCUAUUGAUUGAUAAUAAGAAAUUGAAUGUCAAUCAGGCGGUAAGUGCUCCUCUCCUACCAUUCCGACCACUUCAAAACACUAUUUCUCACAAAAAUCGAAGAAAAAUCGAGAAUGUCAAAUUUCAAGAUUUUGCCACUUUGUUGAGUCUCGUUCAGCACAAUCCGCUGAAAGUUGCCGAAUCCAACUCGGAACGUCUUCUGGAAUUGUCUGAAAAAUUCGAGAUUCCGGCCGCGAAGCGCCACGUGGAACUGUUUCUAAUCACCACCCAUAAAGAUAAAAUGGACAAAAUUCGAAUCGCCGAUCGAUAUCGAUUGGACGAUUUGCUGGCGAACGGAGUGAUGGGAUUCAAAACGAACAUCGAAUUUCGAAAUUUGAGACAAAAUUCAGACUACAAAAGCUACACUGAUAAGACGAGAGUCGCGAUUUUUCAUCGAAUGUUCGAAUCGUCCAAUCGAUAUCGAUCGGCGAUUCGAAUUUUGUCCAUUUUAUCUUUAUGGGUGGUGAUUAGAAACAGUUCCACGUGGCGCUUCGCGGCCGGAAUCUCGAAUUUUUCAGACAAUUCCAGAAGACGUUCCGAGUUGGAUUCUGGAAAAAUCGAUAAUUGA